UUUCACUCUUUCACUCUUACUCCUCCUCUCCCCAGCACUUUGCUGACCUUCACUCCUUUUUCCUUGUCCCUUCCUGAUCUUAUCUAUCUAUUCUCUGUGUCUUGGAGCACGGAUCGAAUUUCUUGACCUAUUCGCGGAUCAUUUAUUGGCAACAUUCACAGAACAGAAUCAUGGGUGCCUCGACGAACAAGUACUCGGUCAUCCUGCCGACCUACAAUGAGCGGAAGAACCUCCCUAUCAUUUGUUGGUUGUUGGAGCGGACGUUUCGCGAGAACAACCUGAACUGGGAAGUCAUCAUCGUGGACGACGGGUCCCCGGACGGCACCCUGGAGGUGGCGAAACAGCUGCAGCAGCACUGGGGCGCGGAGCACAUCAUCCUGAAGCCGCGGGCGGGCAAGCUGGGGCUGGGGACGGCGUACAUCCACGGGCUGCAGUUCUGCACGGGCAACUACGUGAUCAUCAUGGACGCGGACUUCAGCCACCACCCCAAGUUCAUCCCGACGAUGAUCGACAUCCAGCGCGAGACGGACGCGGACAUCGUCACGGGCACGCGCUACGCCGCCCGCGGCGACAUCAAGGGGGGCGUCUACGGCUGGGAUCUGUUCCGCAAGUUCACCUCGCGCACGGCCAACCUCAUCGCCGACGUCAUGCUCAUGCCCGGCGUCAGCGACCUGACGGGCUCCUUCCGCCUGUACAAGAAGAGCGUGCUGGAGAAGGUCAUCCACAGCACCCAGUCCAAGGGGUACAGUUUCCAGAUGGAGAUGAUGGUCCGCGCCAAGGCGAUGGGUUUCAAGGUCGCCGAGUGUCCGAUCACAUUCGUGGAUCGUUUGUUCGGGGAGAGUAAGUUGGGCGGGCAUGAGAUUGUCGAGUAUUUGAAGGGGGUGAUGACUCUGUGGUUGAAGGUUUAA